AUGUCCGAUAGAGAGCAGCUCAUAAAGACCCCCAAACUAGAAUUGCAUGAUUCAGUGCUGUAUUUGCGUGAAUUGGAGAAUGCACCUCAAGGCAGACAUCUAGGGCUAUUCUCAACAAUUGUCCUAUUCGUAUCAAGAAUAUUGGGUACAGGAAUCUUCAGUAUAUCAAGUGGAAUCUAUGAGGAUUGUGGGCGUUCGCCUGCGCUCUUCUUCGCUGCUUGGCUAGUCGCUGCGAUUAUGGCAUUCUGUGGCCUAUGUGUGUAUCUCGAACUCGGUUCAUUGGUGCCUAGAAGUGGGGGGACUAAGGUGUUCUUGGAGUACAUAUAUGAUAGACCAAGACUAUUAGCAAGCGUUACGUUUCUGGUCUUCUCGAUCAUAUCUGGUUUCACAAUUACAAACUGCUUAGUUAUUGGUGAGUAUUUGUUGAGAUCAUUAGGCAUUGAAACGAAUGACUCUCGCAUUAGGUUGACUGGCUUAUUCUUCGUAUACUUGACGGCUGCGAUUCAUGGACUUAGCAUGUCGCAUGGUGUCUUGGUGCAAAACUUCAUUGGCGGUUUAAAAUUAGGAUUAAUGGGUUUUAUGAUAAUUACAGGAUUCUACGUUUUAUUCUUUCCCACAUCUGUCUCUCAUAUAGACUCAAAUUUGACUUGGGAUAAUUUCUUUCCGUUGAAGGCAGAAGUGACUUCGUCACUGUUCGCCAGUGGUGUCAUCAAGGCAUCUUUUGCAUUCUCGGGUUGGAAUGCGGUACACACUGUAUCAAACGAGGUGAAGAACCCUGUCAGGGUGUUCAAGAUCGCGGGCCCCACUUCAUUGCUCAUAGCUUUGAUCACUUAUGUCUUCACUAACCUUGCUUACUUGAUUGUGAUUCCAGACGAGGAGUUUGCAAACGGAAAGACAUUGGUUGGAUCAUUGCUCUUCGAGCAUUUGUUUGGGGAGAUACUCGGAAGAAAAAUCUUGACUUUUUCGAUUUUUAUCUGUGCAGCAGGUAAUUUAUUUGUGGUUAUGUACACCAUUUCAAGAACAAGCCAGGAAUGUUUCAGGGAAGGAUAUUUACCAUUCUCAAGCUUCAUGUCCUCAAAUUGGCCCAGAGGCGCUCCCUUGCCAACUUUAAUAUUGAGUGUCCUGUUCACAACCUUGGUUUUGACUCUCACACCAUCAGGGGAUAUUUAUAGUUACAUUAUCAGUUUGGAAGGGUAUCCACAAACAUAUUUCACAUUGGGAGUUGCAAUUGGGAUUUUCAUAAUUCGCAAGAGAUACCCGGAUGUUAUAGCACCAAUUCGCGCACCAACAAGCGCAAGUGUUGUAACAAUAAUUAUUUCUUCAUACUUGAUCAUCUCUCCUCUUGCAACCACUAAAAGUCCAAAUCCAAAGGGCCUCGAGAACUGGCCUUCUUAUGCAUAUCUCGGUUUGUUCAUCCUCUUGCUGUGUUCUAUCUAUUGGGUAUUUCUUUUCAAGCUUUUGCCCUGGUUUUAUGGAUAUACGUUGGUGCAAGAGGAAAUCGAACAUAAAGAUGGGUUAACUGUUAAAAAAUGGGUUAAAGUAGAGAAUAGUCAAUUUGGAUAG